CGGGCGCGGCGCAAAGUGCUGCACGCACACAUAGUAUUCGUGAUUGCAGGAGUUCACGCCCAGCAAGUUCCUGAUAAUGUUUACUUUUUGUCACGCGACCUGAGGAUAAAUCCGAUAACAUACCAAGAUGGAUUUCUUGAAUAAGCCUGUUGCAGAGGUGUGGAGGGCAACUAAGAGAACCCUGGCAGAAAUAAUGGACAGCAAUGAAGGUGCGAGGAGCCCUGGUACAUCCAUGCAGCGGAGCAGUUAUGAUCAGGAAAUGAAGAGGGAUUCGGAACCGUCUGGCUCAUCUUCAAGGUCACCAAACUCCGGCAGAAAAUCCAGGUCAAGUUUUGGUUACAUCAAAGGGCGCCGUCGAUCUCAUGAAGGCAAUCUGAACAUGGAAGACCAUGUAACAGAACGAGAGAAUAGACCCAUGGAUUGCAAUGAGGGAACAGAAAUGGGAAGUGGUCAGCAGAGUGCAUCAAAUGAUUCUUUAGACUUUGCAGAGGUCCAGACGAGCCCCCCGCAGCCAGUGAUGCCCAAGAUCAAAGGCAAGGACAAACAGAGAGAGGACAGAGAGAGGACCAAGACAGCUUGGACCAAAUUCAGGUUAGGCUACCUGGGUAAGAAUUCAAGUUCAACAGAUGUGGAUGAUGGUGAGGUAGGUAGUGCAGAGAAGUCAUCAGUUUUGCCCUCACUCAUGGACAAGUCCUCACCAACAUAUAGCAGUCCAGGAAAGACUAAGCCAUCAAGUAGGACUUCAAGAAGGUCCCGUGGGGAAAUUAACACCAAAGGUUUUGAUUUCCGAUCUCGCUUUCGCAGCAAUUCUAGUGACCGGGCGACAAUGAGGAGGAGGGAGCGUGAAGAGAGGGAAAGGACAAGACGGUCAUCAUACUCCAGAUCAACAUCCUUUGAUGCCAAUGACGAGGUUGAGGAUGAGGGAAACACUGCCAGUGAUGACGCAGGAGAUGACCAGUCCGAGAAGGUCAAAACCAAGCUGCUCUCCAUGUGGAACAAUGUGAAGUAUGGAUGGACAGUAAAAACCAAGACCAAUUUCAGUAUCCACAAACCGAUUUGGUUUCUUGGCAAGUGCUACCACCAAAGGCCUGAAGAUCCAGACCCAGAACGACCACCAGGAAUGGAUUCCGUCCGCUCCAUGGUGAUCGAGAUGUUCAAGCAAGACUUCAGCUCCCGUCUGUGGAUGACCUAUCGUAGGGAAUUCCCCACCCUAGCGGGGUCUAACUUUACCAGUGACUGUGGGUGGGGCUGUAUGCUCAGGAGCGGUCAGAUGCUACUUGCCCAUAGCCUUAUACUACAUUUUCUAGGCAGGGGAUGGAACAUAUACAAACCACAAACUCAAGAGAUGCUCCAGUUCCAUCGUCAGAUUGUCCGUUGGUUUGGUGACCAGCCGCUGGACAUGAGUCCUUUCUCUGUCCAUCGGUUGGUGGGUAUCGGUCAGACUAACGGGAAGAAGGUCGGUGACUGGUACGGUCCUUCAUCAGUUGCGCACAUCUUGAAGGAAGCUAUGGAUUCUGCUGAUGAACUCAACCCACUUUUAGGAGAAGUCUGUAUCUAUGUGGCACAGGACUGCACAGUAUACAAGCAGGAUGUGAUUGAUCUGUGCAGAAGUAAAUCCAAAAAGAGACUGCAACCCGUGUACAGAGACAUACCAUCAUCAGAGGAUAGUUCCCCUGUACGUUGUAAAACCAGUCCAAACACGGUCCCAACAUACAUCCCUGGGGUACACCAUGAACACUUACAAGGGAGCAUUCCACGUGUCACCAAAGAUCAAAGGCAGAGUACUUCCGGUUUGGAUAUGGGGACCAGGGUUGGGUCAAGGUUGGCCAAAAGUCAUGAGAGGGUGUUAAGCAUGUACUCCGGACCAGGUAGGAGUGAGACAUCAUCGAGGUCCAGUUCCAAUGGAUACAAUUCACACAGCAAUGUCACAAGUACUAGCAGUCUAAAGGAUGUACCUCAAGACCCAAAUGUGCACAGACUAGAUGCCAAAAAUAGUUUAAGCAGCCAAGGAUACAGCACUAGCUUACCUGCGAGGACAGGUGUAGGUCUUUGUCCAGAACUCUCAAAGACUAGUAGUGAUGACAGAUUGAGUAUGGAAGAUGGAUUCGCUCCUAAUAUUUGUACUGCCAGUGACCUGAAAGAGGAUGAGAGAACAAAAGAUUCUGCCCAAGCUAGUGUUGAGAUGAAGGAUGUGUCAGAAAUAUCAAACAUUGAGGACGAGGAUGUCUUUGGUUCAAGUGAAGAGGAAGUGAGGACUAGAACUCCAAAUUAUCUUUAUGCAAGCUCUCCUCUCUCGCAUCAAUCAACGUCAGAGAGUUCCUCAAGAUCAGAAACUUCUUCCGAUGAGAGUGUCCCCAAAAGUUUGCAUCCCCAACCACCCCCAAACCCCACAGGUAUGGACCCUAAGAGCAAUGUUACCGAUGAUGAUGUAUCCGUUGGAGACGUAGGAGAGCCUCCUGUCCAACCGUCCAGGUCAAGGACUAGCACAUCAGCAGAGGGCGACAAACCUUGGUGUGCUGUCAUUAUCUUGAUUCCAGUGAGGUUAGGUGGUGAUGAGGUGAACCCUGUUUACAUCAGACCAAUCCAAUCACUAUUCACUCUUGAGAGCUGCCUAGGUAUCAUCGGUGGAAAACCAAAACACUCACUCUAUUUUGUUGGAUUUCAAGAGGAGAAGUUGAUUCAUCUGGACCCUCAUUAUUGUCAACAGGUGGUGGAUAUGAAGACUAGGGACUUCCCCUUAUGGUCCUUCCAUUGUAUGUCACCGCGUAAGAUGAGCAUCUCUAAGAUGGAUCCUAGCUGUACCAUUGGUUUCUAUAUAAGGACGGAGGAACAGUUUGAACAACUAUGCAGAGAACUUCCGACGGUUGUAUCACCCCUCGGCUCUCAUGCUAGUGACUACCCCAUGUUUAUUGUUAGAGAUGGACGAUGCGGGGACUGGCAGAACAGGAACACCAACACUAACCGACCCGAGAGGUACCUUAGGGUGCGUCAUGUGGAUGAGAAUGGGAGACUCAUCGCCCCCGUCAAGGAAUCUGAAGACUUUGUCCUUUUAGAUAGCUAGGGAUCAUACCCAAGAUUUGUAAGAUCACAAGGCAUGAAGAGAGUCGGAACAAGAAUAUCAACACCAAAAGAGUAGAAAGAUGUAUGUACCUCAAGGUGCGUCAUGUUGAUGAGAAUGGGAGACUCAUCAAGGAAUCUGAAGAUUUUGUCUUGUUAAAUAGCCAGAAGUCACAAGGGAUUGUUGUGGGUAUAAAUUUUAUCAAAUCAAGAACAUCAUGAGAAUAGAAGACUCACCGCCUCUGUCAUACAAUCUGAAGAUCAACCACAAAGAACUAGUGUAAGAAAGCUAUUUCUUGGAUUGCUAGUGAUGCUGCGGUAGAGGACUUCAAGCCUAUAAUGAAAUCUGAGGACUAAGCCGUUCUUGGAAUCAGCUGAAUGUGAUGCGGCAAACCCUAGAUAAAUACAGGCUAUGUCUUGGCAAUGCAAAUUAAUGACUUUUUAGGGAGGCUUCAGGUUUGGUACUGUAAGCUGAGAUUGGUGUUGAGGCAAAGCCCAGGGUGUUAAGUCACAGAAGUCCAAAAUACAUGUCUGUCCCAAUUAGAAGAGUGUUGAAUUAAAAUGCACAAAGUGCAUAUCCUGAAGUGCACACUACCAGGGGUG